UCUCUCUCAGCUUAUUGUUCUUACUAUUUUCCGUACGCUUUUUCAUACGGAUUCAUGCCCUCACUUUUCUCCUACCCAUCUGAAAACCGAAGCUUCUAGCCCUGUGACGCUCUGAUAUCAGAUUUCUUCUGAGUCUGGGGGCGUACAUGAAAGCUUUUUCAUUCGCCGGGGAGUUUUCGUAAAUAUACGAUUCUCCGGGGGGGUCUGCUCCGACAAUUAGAAUUCUUCCGGGGGGUUUUGUGCAAAAAUAGAAAAACAUGCAGAAAACGAGCCCGACUCGAGCGGACCAGCUCAAAGCUUCCAACUUGUUCACAUUCCCGGAAAAAAUCCGCGACUAUUUGGUCUUCUCCCUGCGAGUGGGCCUCCUCCUCUGCUUCCUCGCGUCGAUAUCACUCGCCAUCUUCUCCGCCUUCUCUCCCAACUCCCAUUGGCUCUCCAUCCCCUCCCGCACCCAAGCCCAACCCGAGUCCAGAACUUCCGGACCCGAACCCGGAUAUGAACGAACUAAUAUCUCCCACAUUCUCUUCGGCAUCGGCGCCUCCAUCGCCACGUGGAGAGAGCGGAGCCGCUCCACCAAUUUAUGGUGGGACCCGAAGUCGACACGCGGCUUCCUCUGGCUCGACGCGAAACCCGAUAACCAAACAAGCAACGUCUCGGGUUCAAUUCCGUACCGGGUCUCGGAGGACUGGACCCGGUUCAAAUACUCGAGUUCGCAAUCCGCGGUUCGUAUCGCCCGGAUUGUGUACGAGAGCUUCAAGCUCCGGGUUCCCAACGUGAGGUGGUUCGUGAUGGGAGACGACGAUACGGUGUUUUUCACUCACAACUUGGUUUCGGUGUUAGCGAGGUACGAUCACAAUCAGAUGUACUACAUUGGAGGGAACUCGGAGAGCGUCGAGCAGGACGUGAUGCACGCGUACGAGAUGGCGUUUGGUGGCGGUGGGUUCGCCAUCAGCUACCAGCUCGCGGGGCGCUUGGUGGAGCGGAUGGACGGCUGUCUGGAGAGGUACUACAAUUUCUACGGCUCUGAUCAGAGGGUGUGGGGCUGCGUGAGCGAGAUGGGUGUGCCGCUCACUAAACUGCGUGGGUUCCACCAGUUUGAUAUCAGAGGGGACGCCUAUGGGAUUUUAGCUGCGCACCCAUUGGCACCACUUGUGUCACUCCACCACCUGGAUGCCUUGAAACCCCUCUUCCCAAACCAGACACAUUUAGACUCAGUCAAAUCUCUUCUCCGUGCAUAUCGGGUCGACCCGGGCCGGAUUCUACAACAAAGUUUCUGCUACGACCACAGGCGUAAAUGGUCAAUGUCCAUUUCUUGGGGCUACACCAUUCAGCUUUACCCAUCAAUGGUGGCAGCCCUGGACCUUCAGACGCCGUUGCGGACGUUUAAGACAUGGCGGAGUUGGAAUGAUGGACCCUUCACAUUCAAUACCCGACCCAUGAGUUCUGUCCUGUGUGAGCAGCCACUCAUUUUUUUCUUGGACCAUGUUAAGGUUAGUAAGAGUGGGCGUACUGUGACUACUUAUAAGAGGUUCGCGGCCAAUGGAGGAGAGCAAUGUGAUAAAGAAGAGUAUAUCCAUGCAAGGGCAAUGCAGAAGAUUAUAGUCUCCUCAAACAAGAUGGACCCUCAAUAUUGGACAAAGGAGGCGGCUCCGCGAAGAGAGUGCUCCGAGAUUAAGAAUCGUGACGGCUUCUGGCAUGUGAAUAUGGAGAUUAGGAUUAGGGCAUGCAGACCCUCUGAAUCUAUUUUUAUGUAGAGGGUUUAGGAUGGCAUGCAGUGCUGUGAGAUUACAAAAUAUUAUAGAGGUUUUUUUCUUUUUGGCCUUUGCAUAUACUACGUACGUACGUACUUAUAGAUCAGUCCAUGAGCUAUAUUAAUAUUGCACUCCUGUAACUAUUCAAGUCUAAUAAUACCAAGGCUUAGAUUAGUCCACACUUUUUAA